CAUACACAUGUCCUCAGUGUGAAAAGGGUUUUCCAAGCAAAGGAAGACUUACUUUGCACAUUGAAAUGCACAUUGGAGAACGUCUGUACAUUUGUCCUCAGUGUGAAAAGAGUUUCAGACGAAAAAGUGAUCUUAAGGAACACAUAAGAAUUCACACGAGAGAGCGUCCAUACACCUGUCCUCAGUGUGGAAAGAGAUUAGCAGGAGGACUUAAAAAUCACAUGAGAAUUCACACCGGAGAAAAAACAUACGCCUGUCUUCAGUGUGGAAAGGGUUUCACAAGAAAAGAUUAUCUGCAAUACCACAUGAGAACUCAUACUGGAGGGCGGCCGUACGUAUGUCCUCAGUGUGGAAAGAGUUUCACAACCAAAAGUAAUCUUAAUGUCCACAUGAGAAUUCACACUGGAGUAAAACCAUACACAUGUCCGCAGUGUGAAACGAGUUUUACAAGAAAAGUUCAUCUUGAAUACCACAUGACGACUCAUUCUGGUGAACGGCCGUACGCAUGUCCUCAGUGUGGAAAGAGUUUCACAGCCAAACAUAGUCUUAAAAAUCACAUGAUAGCUCACACCGGAGAGCGCCCAUACGCAUGUCCUCAGUGUGGAAAGAGCUUCUCAAGAAAAGAUUCUCUUGAAAACCACAUGAGAACUCAUACUGGAAUGCGGCCGUUCGUAUGUCCUCAGUGUGGAAAGAGUUUCACAAGAAAACGUAAUCUUGAAAACCACAUGACAACUCAUACUGGAGAGCGCCCGUACGCAUGUCCUCAGUGUGGAAAGAAUUUCACGACCAAAAGUUAUCUUAAUGUCCACAUGAGAAUUCACACUGAGAAGCGCUCAUAA